AUGAGGUCGGGUCAGCUGAUGAUUCCAGCCACGGCUGCACUUCUCUUUCUCUUGUCGGGAAUGUCUCUGAGCAUGGCCUGUAACAAAGCACUCUGUGCCAGCGAUGUUAGCAAGUGCCUCAUACAGGAGCUGUGUCAGUGUCGUCCCUCUGAUGGGAACUGCUCCUGCUGUAAAGAGUGCAUGCUGUGUCUGGGGACCCUAUGGGAGGAGUGUUGUGAUUGUGUGGGCAUGUGUAAUCCAAAGAACUACAGUGACACUCCCGCUACCUCCAAGAGCACAGUGGAGGAGCUACACCGACCAAUCCCCUCGCUGUUCCGAGCUCUCACAGAAGGAGAGGCUCCAAUCAACAUGAUGGUGGUGUCCUUUCCCGUCGCAGAAGAACUCUCUCACCAUGAAAACCUGGUCUCUUUUCUGGAGACACUUGAUGACCAGCACCAAAAUGUAUCUCUGCCUGGCAACAGCAUUCAUGCAAGCUAUGACACUCAAGACAACAUGUGUACAGUGGUCUACUUCGAUGAUUGCUUGUCCAUCCGACAGUGUAAAAUAUACUGCGAGUCAAUGGGAGGAUCGAAAUACCGCUGGUUUCAUAACGCCUGCUGUCAGUGUAUUGGCCCAGAGUGUCUGGACUAUGGCAGCAAGGCUGUGAAGUGCAUGAACUGUCUAUUCUGAAGUGUGGGCACAUGCUGGCACCACGUCAAGACUUGACCAGAACGAGGACUGCGGGCAUAGGAAUCUGUCGCCGAUAAUGUGUUCACAUGCCUGAUCUAGGUUGUAAGAUAUUUCCCACCCCUUUUCAAAAAAGUUUUUUAUUCUGCUGAUAUUUUCACUGUAUAUUUUAGAUAUGUUCUCAAUAGUGUUGUUGUUCUUUUAAACUAGAGGUGUAUAAAUAAUGUAUUUUUUACAGUAAUGAUCCACUGAAUCCCCAUUGCACACCAAAUAAAGACAUUGUUGGUGAAA